AGAUUUCACUUAAUUAAUAAUAAUAUCAGUAUUUUUUUAUGUGAGUUAUACUGCACAUGAUCGCACAUUUGUCCCAUUUUCUAUGGGAUUUUCUAUCUUUAUGGGCCUCUUUUGCGAUCAUGGGCAGUAUACAAGUAGAAGCAAUAUGCGCAAUCAAACGAAAUAAAAAUUUUCCAAAUAGGAUUAUGAAUCUGACCAAACCUUCUUUUGCAAUUUUUUAAAUAUUUACGAUUUGCAGAUGGGCCCUUUUUUAAAUGUUUGGCUAGAAUCCAGAUUCACUUGAAUUCUCUCCACGCAUCUCUGUAUUUAUCCAUUGACUCUGAAUAUUAGUGUUCGCGGGAUUUGAAAAAAAUUCUCCUCAGAAUCUUUGAUGUUUCUCAAUUUUACGUGACCUCCUGUGGCGGAUCCGACCUGGCUAUUAGACUUUAUGCUGGUGUAUUGACUGUCACGUCCGAAAAAUGAGCCUUGCUUUUGGGAUGGACGGGUCUAAUCGCUGCUUGCGAGCUGCUGCCUACCCGCUUUAUAUAUCUUACAUCUUGCCUUCGGAUAUAUGGAGUAGUACGGCGCGGUCGUACAAGAGUUACUCGGUCUGUGAGAUCCGAGUCUCUACAACCACAGCCAGGAUGGCGAAGUUUGGUCACGUAAGACAUCUCCCAGAGUAGCUGGUAUCAGCUAAAAUAAGAUCAGAACUUAGCAAGAUUAUUUUUCCGCGUAUUGCUUAAUGCAAUGAUUAAUGCUGGCUAUUCACACAGUAACAUGGUAAACCGUUGCAUUGGAUGAAUUAUUUCCUGAUGCGAUUAAAUAGUAACUUCAACGAAUCAACUGCCUGAAGGAGUUACAUUAAAUGUUAAGCAAUGACACCAAUGGCGUUUUAGUUUUUUUAUAAUGCCGGUGAAGUUGGUGCUACCCUCAUUUUAAAUUGGGUGUAAUCAGUCUAUCUCCUUUUUUGCACUACACCGGUGUAGCACCAAGAAAAAACGAAAACGCUUUAAGGCACAUGCAUUGCAGUGGUAGAAGGUUUUCAAUUAAUUUUUUAAAAGUUGGUUUUGUUUUCUUUUAUGUUAGGAAAUGCUUCAGUUAGGUAAUUUUUUCCAGACUAAGGGCCGAUUUCUUCACCCUCGCUUAACUUUUAAACCAGGCUUAACGAAAUUUUAAACCAGGUUUAAUUUUUUUUCGAUUUCUUCAGGUUCGCUUAGCGUCUAAACCAGGUUCAAAUUAAGCCGGGUUUAGGAUAAGCGACGUUUAAUUUAAGCGGUGCUAUGAGGUGGUUUAACGACGCUAAACUCGUUAAGUAAAGAUAUUCAUUUUCUUCACUAUACUGUGUAGCAUUUCACUCUUCGUUCGCCAAACAUUUUCAAACAAGAAAAUGUAUAGUCGGCGUAAACAUAUUUGGGAACAGCCACAUUGGAGAUUUUGGGAAGAUAUCGAUGAAGAUAGUGAGGAAAACUAUUUUCAAUUGGCUCGUCGCCAAUAUAAAAUGAAAGUUCGCAUCAACAUUGACAACUGGGACGACGAGGACUUUUUCAUGAGAUUCCGUUUGCAAAAGAACACUGUAAUGAUGAUCUUGCAAAUUAUUCGUUCAUCUUUGGAAAUUGAUGAAACCAGGUAUUUGAACCAGUUUAUUAAUAAAAUGAAAAUAAUUUGAAUGUUUAAUGUAGAUCUCGACACAUCCGGCCGUUGGUGCAAUUAUUGAUCACACUUCGGUUUUAUGCCUUAGGAUCAAUGCAAAUCGCAAUUGCGGACUUCUCCGGUGUUUGUAUUUCAUCUGUAUGCCGUAUUAUUCGACGUGUAUCGCUUGCUUUAGCGUAAAUGUACUUACGCUUUAUAAAGAUGCCACAAACGCAGAGUGAACUGCAGGCAGCAAGCCGUGACUUCUACGCUAUUGCUAAAUUUCCGAGAACAAUAGGUGCGAUCGAUUGUAUACACAUCAAAAUACAAUCACCUGGUGGUGACCAAGCUGAGAGCUACCGGAAUCGUAAAUCUUGGUUUUCGCUUAAUGUACAGACAGUUAGCUCGGCGAAUUUAAAAAUAUUGAACAUCGUCGCAAGGUGGCCUGGGGCAUCCCACGACCAAUAAAUUUUUAAUAAUUCUACUUUAAAGAUGCAAUUCGAGGAGGGGAAAUAUAGCAACUUUAUACUCGUUGGUGAUUCUGGAUAUCGCAAUACAAAGUACUUGGCGACACCUUUUUUUCGAUGUAACACUUCCGUUGAAGCUCUAUAUAACGAAAGUUUAAUCCGUACCCGAAAUGUUGUAGAACGUUCAUAUGGCGUGUUGAAACGACGAUUUCCAAUUCUUGCAUUAGGAAUGCGAGUGAAAAUAUCAACAGUUCAGCUUAUUACUGUUGCGUGCGCAGUAUUACAUAACAUUGCUAUCGAUGUCAAGGAAGGGAUGCCACCAGAAGAAAUUGAGGGAUUUGACGAAUUGUUGGCUACAACGGUACUUCCGGAUCAAUCCAGCACGGAAAGGAACGCAUUGGGCUGUGCUCGAGACCAUUUAGUAAAUAAUUAUUUCUCAAAGUUGUGAAUACUCCUUAAAAUCAUUGGGUUGUUAUGUGGUUUGAUAUUACCAUGCUACAAUUCAUUAAAGAAACAUGGAAGCGCUUAAGAGCUAUUCAUAGUCAGAUCACUGCCUGAUACUAUAACGAAUUUCCAUUUAAAUGCAAUUAUUUUUUCGCAUUCCUACCGAUUUUGGUCUUCCCUAUCGAUUCACAGAGGACCAAGGGAAAACUACCGAUAUUUUGUUAUCCCUACCGAAAACUACCGAAUUUUAUUGAUUUUGGACACAUCCUACUCAACAUUCAUUUUUGGGUUGGAUUUGGUCUGAGAUCUUAGUUUUCAGUAUUUUACAAUUCUAUGUCAACACUACGCUUUUGGGACAACAACCCGGCCUACCGAUAAACUUUUAGUGACCCUACCGAUUUUAAGAAAUUCUAUCUGGCCACCCUGGUCGCACAUUGACGACACCCGAGAAACGUCAAAAGUAAUAAACAAAAAAAGUUAACGUGAAAAAAAUUGGAUAAACAAAUAAAUGUUUUAAGAUGCGAAGCUCACGAAUGAGCAAGUUAUAUUGUUUAAACAGAAACAUUCCAUAUGUGCAUCGGUUCAAACGGGUAAAACAUCGUACUGCUGAAUGUACUCUGCGCGAGAAUACAGGCGUGAGUAUAUUUGAACCCUGCUGCAGCGGCCAAAGUCCGGAUCAUCGGGCUCUACAAUUCGUGGAAGCAAACCUUGUAGAUAGUAUGAAUUAUUUCACCAGAAAUGAAAUGACUAGCUCCAUGGUAUUUAUAUCACACACUACCCUUUACAUAUACCAAAGUUUGUUUAAAAUAUUUUUAGAAACACCGCGAAACUGAAUGUACACCGAACGAAUACACGAUAUUGAAUGAUACGAGCACUAUAGCAAGUAGCAUCUGCGAACAAAAUCAGGAUAGUAAUCAUCCUGAAAAUAUAAACAAAGGGAUCAUAACAGACCAAAAAAACCCCUUCGACUUACGAAUCAUAAGGAAAACAUUGAGGCAGAGUUUGAGAAUUCUUAUGAAUUUGAGGAUAGCUCAUGCAAUUUCGUCGAAAACGACAAUACUCACUCGAUGGAAAAUGAUAACAUGGAAGUACCCAUUCAUCCAUACCUGAAAGUUACCCGCCUUGAAGUCAUGUUCAUGAAACACAAUUUAACAAACAUUACACUUACUGACAUUCUUCAGAUGCUUAACAUAAUAAUCGGAUCAAACGCCCUGCCAGACACAUUUCAUCAAUUUCAGGAAGUCUUUUCUAGAGGUAGUUAUGUCCGACACUAUGUAUGCGAUAAGUGUGGAUUGUACUUAGGCGUAAACAAAAUUGUUUGUAACAACUGUAAAGAGAUAGAGCUGUUCUUUUUCAUAAUGUUCGACUUUCGAUCCAACCUAAAAGAUAUACUACAAAAAAAUUGGAAGCAGAUUCAGAAUUACAAGUAAGAAAUACUCGCCGCAUCGGAUAUAACUGAUAUUUUGAAUGCAGCUGUUGUUAACAUUAAAACGAAGGCAAAUGAAAUAUCACUUUGCUUUAAUACUGAUGGUGUAAAAAUGUUCAACUCUAAUAUGAAGCGAGCUUUGUGGCCCAUAAUUGCUUCAGUGAAUGACUUGCCACCCAACUUGCGUUUCCUGAGGAAAAAUGCACUUGUUGUUGGGUUGUGGCUUCAUAAAGGAGAACCUGACUUGGAUGUGUUCAUGAAACCAUUUCUCAUAACACUGCAACAGCUCUACUCGGAUGAGCUUCAAGUUGGAUCAAUUCAAGUACCCACAAUUAGGACCGUAGCAUGCUGUGUUGAUACAAUGGCUCGCUGCAAACUACAAAAAUUCAAGCAAUUUAAUGGAUACGAUGGAUGUAGUUUCUGUUUGCACCCUGGUCAUACAACCCGACAUCAAGUGAAGUAUGGAUACCUUGAAGAAGUACAGACACGUAACUAUAAAGAUACGUUGCGCGCCAUGUCCGUCAGCAUUUCCCGAACCAUGCCGAUAAACGGAGUUAAAGGUGUAUCAUCUGUAAUACUCAUACCGUCGUUCGAUAUUGUAAAUCAAUGUCCAGUCGAUUUUAUACACAGUGUUUUACUGGGAGUUGUUAAACAGUUAUGUAGGAUAUGGUUCGAGAAACCGAGUACAUCAUAUUACAUUAAAAAUAAGCUUCAUUGUAUCGAUAGUUCAUUAUGCGGCAUCCAUCCUUUCACUGAAGCUUCCAGGACGACAAGGAAAAUAAGCGAACGCAACACAUGGAAAGCCAACGAAUGGUUGCAAUGGUUGUUACACUUUAGUUCUAUUUGUUUGAAACCGUAUUUACCCAACGAACAGUAUAAACAUCAUAGAGUACUUGUUACAUCAAUAGCUCAACUGCUUCAGCCUAAUUUAUCAGAGAAUACUCUAAACGCAUGCGAUAUACAGUUGAAAAAGUACGUGAAAGAUUUUGAAAUAUUUUACUCGAUUGAUGAAAUGAAUUACAACGUUCACUUACUUUUACACAUCGUUCAAUGUUGUAAAAACUUUGGCCCACUUUGGGCCUUUUCGUUGUUCUUUUAUGAAGAUAUUAAUGGAGUUCUAAAAAAAUAUGCCAAAGGUCCUAAAGAACCAUUAAUUCAAAUCGCAAAUCGGUAUACCAUGUCACAUGCACGCUAUUAUUCAGUCGUAUACACUAAAACCUCCAUUUACGAACUCUUUUUUUAAGUAAUAUUCGAUUUAUGUAACUUUUUUUACGAACUAAAUUCGAAAUAAUGAACACUUUUUAGAAAGUUUGAGUUCGUACAUUACAGCAUGAAAUUAUAUACUUAUAUAUUCUUAGUUAAUUGUUACUUAUAUAAGUUGGGUAUUUUCGAAAUGGGGUUGACAAGUGCAUGCCGGAAAUCGAUGUCUGGAGCCAUUUUGGAAUCCAAGAUAAUGCAUAACGGAAAUCGAUGUCUUGAACUAUUUUGGAAUCCAAUUCUCUAUAACCUCAACAAUAUGGGUAUUUCGGGAUAGGGUUGACGAGUGCAUGACGGAAAUAGAACCCAUAUUGUUCGUUAUCAAGAAUAAUGCUCAACCGGCAAACGUCAUAUUGAACUUGGAAAAGUUUCUAAUUGUCCAUUUUCAGCAUUUACUUAUGGCGAUUUCGCUUGAACCUGAAACUGAGUCAGGUUCUAACCCCAACCGCUGUCAGUUCAUACAUUUUGACAGCAGUUGGGGUUAGGAACUGACUCAGUUUCGCCUCAAACGAAAACCACAUUAGCAAGCUUAUUCCAAAAAUACCCAUAUUGUUAGGGUUAUCGAGAAUGUUGCUCAAUCGGAAGUCGCCAUGUUGGAUUUUGAAAAGGUUCCAAUUGUCAAUUUUCAAUAUCUACUUGCCAAGCCAA